AUGGGAAAAGAAACUGCUGUCGCCGCAAAUCCAACCCAAAAGCAAGACACAGAUACCAGAGAGGCGGAAUCUACUCCUGCUUCUCUCUGGGACAAAGCAUACGAUUCUCUGAAACAAGAACAAUCCAAUUUACUGUCCAGAUAUGAGGACCUUUUGUCCCGAGUACUUAUAAAGGCUGAGGCGAACGACCUGUCAGCCCCGAACCAGGGAGAAGACUCCGGUGAUGUCAGCAAUCGGAUUCCUCAGCAUAAUACAACUGCCCGCCAAGAGAUACUGAAGCAGAUCACUGAACUGGGCCUGAAGCACAUGGAAGACAAGAAGGUCAAGGUGACAAUCCUAGGACAUGAGAUUGGCCUGCAAGAUAGUAUUGGAAAGGUUGGUGAGACUGUGGAUUGGGCACGAAAAUACAUACAGGAUGCGAUCAAGGAUGUGCCUUAUGCGUCAGCUGUGAUGGCAGGCAUCUCACUUAUCCUUCCCCUCUUGAAGAACCCAGCCGCUAUCGACACUGCUAGCCGGGAGGGGUUUACAUAUGUUACCUCACAAACCCGCUAUUACAUUGAGAUGGAGUCACUCCUGUUACCCGAGGACAUGAAGCCUGACUUGAAGUCUGACUUGACGGAACGUGUUCUGGACCUGUAUAAAUUGGUCAUUGAAUUCCAGGUGCAGAGUGUCAUGAGGUUUUACCGCAGCCGGACCAAGAAUUACUUCAGGAGUAUAAUCAACUACGACAGCUGGAAAGAUAAACUGGAGCACCUUCAGAAGGAAGAGUCAAGUCUUGAGGAGAAGUUUGAGAAAGCUUUAUCCAGCACGAGUUUACAGCAAUUGAAGAAACUGGCGAGGGAAGCAGAAGGAUCGCGCAAGACCCUGGAUAACAUUCUCAACAAUAUUCAGGAGCUUGUUUUCAUUUCUCAAGACCAAAAGGCAAUCCUUGAGAGGACUGAGAGACACUUGUCUAAUGCGGAGGACCGACGGUGCCGAGAGACUCUCCAGGCCACUGACCCUAGCCUUGACAAAGAGCGAAUCGAGGAAGACAAGGGUGGUCUUCUCAAAGACUCAUACAGCUGGGUGCUCAGCAAUGAUGAUUUCCAGAACUGGAGGGAUGCGAGUUACAGCCAACUUCUGUGGAUCAAGGGGGAUCCUGGCAAGGGCAAGACAAUGUUACUAUGCGGGAUUAUUGAUGAGCUGUCAAAGAUGGCUACGGAUAAGACGAACAUUUCGUUCUUUUUCUGCCAAGCUACUAAUAGUCGCAUCAAUAAUGCCACAGCCGUCCUGCGGGGCCUGAUAUAUAUGCUUGUGCGGCAACAACCGUCACUUAUCACGCAUGUCCGCGACGGCUGCUUCGAGGGCGAGAAUGCCUGGUUUGCUUUACUCAGAGUCUUCAACAGCAUUCUCGAAGAUCCACAUUUACACAGAACUUACCUGAUUAUCGACGCACUUGACGAGUGCACUGCGGACUUGAGCCGACUUCUUCAUCUUCUGGUCCAAAAGUCACCAGCUUGUUCGCACGUUAGAUGGAUCGUCUCUAGCCGCAACUGGCCGGGCAUUGAGAAAGACCUCAAUGACACGACGCAAAUAAAGCUCCGUCUUGAGCUAAACGAGGACAUUUUGACUGCUGCUGUUGACUCAUUUAUCCAGUACAAAACAAAUAAGUUGGCAGAAGAGAACAAUUACAGCCCCAGGCUUCGGGAUGAUGUCCAGCAUCACUUAGUAUCAAAGGCAAAUGGCACCUUUCUCUGGGCCGCAUUGGUUUGCAAGAAUCUCGCGCGAGUCCCGGCAAGAAAUGUUCGGAAGAAGUUAGAAAAUUUCCCUUCUGGCCUGGAUGAGCUCUAUCAGCGAAUGUUGAAUCAAAUCAGUGAAUCAGACGAUGCUGAAUUCUGCAAGCAUCUUCUUGACAUUACCACGACCGUUUACCGUCCUGUUACCUUGGAUGAAUUGGCAUCUUUUAUCGACCUACCUGAAGACGUUGCAGGAGAUUACGAGACUUUGAAAGAGAUAAUAGAGUCCUGUGGCUCUUUCCUGACGCUCCGAGAACGCAAAAUCUCCUUGGUCCAUCAGUCAGCCAAGGACUUUCUACUGCAAAAAGCAUCUGCUAAAAUAUUUCUUGGCCAUGCGGAAAAUAUACACCAUUUCAUUUUCUCAAGAUCGUUGCAAGUCAUUUCUGGGAUACUGCGACGCGACAUCUUCAACAUUCGAUCACCAGGAUUCCCGAUCGAUCAGGUCAAAACGCCCUAUCCGGAUCCAUUAGCAGCGGCGCAGUAUUCGUGCGUAUAUUGGGUUGACCAUCUCCUUGACUAUCAUGCCGGCCAGACCGAAGGAUGGUCUAAAGACUUGCAAGAUGGCGGUAUGGUUGACGAGUUUUUGCGAACAAAAUAUCUUUAUUGGUUUGAGGCCCUUGCUCUUCUCCGAUGCCUCUCAGAAGGAGCGCUCGCGAUAUCGCGGCUAACAGACUUAGCUCAGAGAGUAGCAAAAGGAUCCCAAUUGCUAAGUCACAUCCAAUAUGCACGCCGAUUUAUUCUUUAUUUCAAGGGAGCGAUAGAACAAAGUCCUCUACAAGUGUACACUUCUGCACCCGUGUUCAGCCCAGCCUGCAGCUUGAUACGAGGCUUGUUCAAGAAAGAGGAGCCUCAAUGGAUUAUGAACAAGCCAGCCAUGGAAGAUAGCUGGAGCGCUUGCUUACAGACCCUCGAGGGCCAUAGCCACGGGGUCAGUUCAGUCGUCUUUUCCCACGACUCCAGGCUCCUCGCCUCCACUUCGGACGAUAAGACCCUUAAACUCUGGGACGCCACCAACGGCCAGUGUCUGCAGACCCUCGAGGGCCAUAGUUACCGGGUCAAGUCAGUCGUCUUCUCCCACGACUCCAGGCUCCUCGCCUCCGCCUUGCUCGAUAAGACCGUUAAACUCUGGGACGCCACCAACGGCCAGUGCCUACAGACCCUCGAAGGCCAUAGUCACUCGGUCUGGUAA